UGAUUCAAUUGCUUUUAAGCUGCUGCCAACGCUGAUACAAGCACACACACACACACAUACACAGAUGUACUUAUAGAUCUUAGACGAAAAGCUAGCAAAGUAGCGCACACACAUCGCCCAGAGACACAGAGGAUAGUAAACGGAUUAACAAGAUGAGACUGAAUAUGUUAACAAUGAACCUGGCGCUGAUUGUGGUGAGCUUGGCCUGCAGUCAAGCCGUGGUACAUGGAGUACAGCCCUUUAAUCUCCAAUACGCAAGCAACAAUGACUUAAAGCAUGGCUAUCGCUAUAAUGGACCAGCGCACAAGUAUUUGCCAGCAGCGAGCACGCCGACAACUGAAGCGGUCAUUACCACAGGACACUGGCAACCCAAUCCGCUGCCACAGCAGGCGACACAGCAGCAAGUGCACUACGAGCAUAGCCUAAGUAAUAAUGCCGUAAACAGUUAUGAGCAGCAAGGAUACAGUGGACCCUACAACAUGCAGCACUAUCAGCAGCACACUGCCCAAGCCUCCAGGCAACAGCUGGGUCACUAUAACAACGACCCCCACCACCACGACAACAACGACAACACAUUUCCUUUUGGGCAAACCUCCGAUUUUAAGGCUACUGCUGCGCCUGCAGCUUUUAGCCAGUUUGGUGCAGUUGUUGAUUUAUCUGCUGGCACGCACCAAGAUCGCCAUGUGGAGUCUGAUCAGCGAGGCGCUCAGCUAAUUGGACAGGCCCUGCCGGAGCUCUAUCAACGACAGCAGUUUGCCAGCGAGCCACCGAGACAGCAAUCCACACGCUUCGAGGAGCAGCUGGGAGGCUCUCAGAGCUAUGUGCAAAUGCAAUCGCAUUCGUAUGAGCUGCCAACUGCCGUAUACAAUAACCCGCAGGAGUGGCAGGAUAUGCAGCGCUAUACGCCCGUGCAGAUGAUGCCAAAUGUCAACUAUGCUCACUACUCCCAGCAACAGCAACAGCAGCAGCAGCAAAAGUUCAGCACUCCUACUCCCAGCAGCUCCUACUACGCAAACAAUCCCACAAUGAUGCAGUUUAUGACACCAAGUCGCGAAUUUCAGGCACCCUAUUAUUAGAGAUCAAUAAUUAUAGCCACUUGCCUUUCACAAUUCACCAAACUUACUUUUGGCAGUUUCGAUUAAGUUUGUAUUAGACCAACCUAGCUCAAUACUUAGCAUAAGUCAAUUUUUUUUUAUUUUUUUUUUUAUGGUGUUAAGUUUUGC